AUGCCUCCACCAAAGGCAGCAAAGGGAGAAUACAUUGAGACCGACACAGGAAACAAGAUCUCCCGCCGGUCCCAAAUCCAUGGCACCCAACACAUUAUCCUAGGUGGCAAAACGGUAAUUCAAGCUGAAGCCACCAUUCGCGGCGACCUAUUCCGCACCGCGACCGUUCCCACUCCCACCGACGGAAACACUCCCGCGGCUGCGCCGAACCCCAGCACGCCCAGCGUGGCGAUAACAGUCGGGCGGUACAGCUACAUUUCCAAGAGCGCGAUCCUGCGUCCGCCGAGUCGGUUGCACCGAGGCGUGCACUCGUUUUACCCGCUCAAGAUCGGCGACCAUGUUUUUGUCGGCGAGGGAGCUGUUGUUGAGGCGGCGUCGCUGGGGAACCAUGUUCAUGUUGGCAAGGGUGCUGCUGUAGGCAGUAUGGCUAUUAUCAAGGACUACGCUUAUGUGCUUGAUGGCGCGGUUGUCCCGCCUGGUAUGGUUGUACCGAGUUGGUGUGUUGUUGGUGGGAGGCCGGCGAGGAUUGUCGGGGAGGUUGGAGAAGGUUAUGGUGUUGAGGGGGCAGAGGGAGGUAUGGCUAGGGAGAGGUAUCGGGUUGUUGGACGGCCUUAA